AUGUCCCAGCACAGCAUCCACGUAGAUCGCUGUUCCGCCGUCGACGGGGCACCCGACAGCAGACGAGAAAGCCGCGGUCACGACAGCGGCGAUACCAGAUGGCCCAUGACGGAACUGACGACGGUCAGCCGGUGGGAAAUUUUGAAAGAGCGGAUGCAGAUGCAGAUGUUGAAGUCUGCUGCAGGGUCUUCUUCUUUCAACAACCAGAAGCAAGAGGACGAUCAGCAGGCCCGUGAGAUUGUGGUUAAUUGUAUGAUCGACUCGUGGCCCGUCGUCGCAGCGGUAGAAACAGGUUAUACGGCUGACAAGGUCAAUUCAACCGUGGAUCUCGUCUUGGCAGCGAAGUGCAAACGCACGGAUGGAGUCAGUGAAUUUCAUGGCGAGGCCUCGGGGUUCUAUGACGGCAUUUGGGUAAUCGCCUUGCAGGCGCUUGGCCGCGACACGGCUGCUGUCGUCAGGCGGGCACACGGUCAUGAUGAAGUGGGACAGCCAAUGUGA